UUUCCGUGUAUCUUGUAAACAAGUGGAGAGCCACGUGACAGGCUGAAAGAAGGUUAGCUUGACACAGUCGAGCAUUUUCUAUUCAAACAAAUUCAUUUGUCAGCUGUAAGCUUUUUAUCCCUGCAUCAUCCCAGCGACAGGCUGUCGAUUUCUGAUGCACGUUAAUAUUAGAAACAGACUGCGAUUAAAAUAAAUAUCGCUAUAUUAGUCGAUCUGCAACCAUCUUUUUUCUCAUAUCAUGACUUCUGGGGCGAAAGUCUUGCAGUAUGAGACGUUUAUCAACGAAGUAUUGAAACGAGACUUACAGAAAGUAUUGGAGAAAAGAGAUGCUGUGUAUGAGAAAAUGGCACAAUACCUUCAGCUGAAGAACACAAUUAAAAGCAUUCAGGAAACUGACAGCAAGGAACUCAAAACAGAUGUUGACCUUGGCAGCAAUUUCUAUGUGCAGGCUCAUGUACCUGAUGCAUCAAAAAUAUAUGUGGCAGUUGGAUAUGGAUUCUUUGUCGAAUUCACACAUGCAGAGGCUUUGAAGUUCAUAGAAAAGAAGACUAAUCAGCUAACAGAGUAUACUGAGGUCCUUACCAAAGAUGCAGCAAAGAUAAAGGCCAACAUCCGCAUGGUUUUGGAGGGUUUGAGGGAAUUGCAAGGUCUAAAAGAUCUUCCAGAGGACAGAAGGAGAGAGGUGUUUUAGUACAGUACACCAAUCACAGCACAGUGUAUUAAAUUUGCACAUAUGACUGUAAUGUUUGUUUUAAACAGUGUGAACUUUAUGGCAGCCAGGUUCAGAGGAACAUUGCCUUUUAACAGGUUAUACUGUUGUUUUGAAAAGUUUGCUGAAUAAAUAAAUUUU